GCCCUGACGCCCUUGGGGCCGCGGGGGCGGGGAAGGGUCAGACACCAAGAUGGCGGCGCUGCUGGUCCGGGGGGGCCUGUGGCGGUCCCGAGGCCUGGGGCGGGUUCUUCUCAAUAAAAGUCUGUUGACCAGACCUGUGGUUGCCUGUACAACGACCUUGGAUCAGCCAACUCUGGCACAUCAAAUCCACAUCUCUCCCAGGAGCUAUGCCGGUUCCAAGGCUGCAUCUCUGCACUGGACGAGUGAGCGAGCUGUCAGUGUCCUCUUGCUGGGUCUCCUCCCUGCAGCCUAUCUGUACCCUGGACCUACCAUGGACUAUUCACUGGCUGCAGCCCUCACACUCCAUGGGCACUGGAUUUUAAAACAAUAUCAUUUUGAAGGUCCAAAAUCUCCAGUUCCACGUCUUUUGUUCUUACUUGAAUGA